AGAGAAACGCAUUUCAUUAGCCUCCGGAACGAUCAUCUAUGGUCAUUGUGAAUCUAGGGAGUUCAAUUAACUGCUAUACAUAUAUUCAGUGCACUAGUAACCCUACUGCGCGUGUGUAAAACGCGCCGGGGGUGGUUAGUCGAUGGUUCAGUCUACGAACGUGAAAAAUUGCUAUUUCAAUCAAGGUCCGGUUAUAUUGUUUGUGUGAUUUGUAUAAGAAGAAGCAAAAUCACAUACUAUAUUCUUUUCACUGAUAAUUUUUCGAAUAACGACGUUAGAAUAGACGACAAGCACGAUAGAACCAAUUUGCGGAACUGCAGCGUACAAUACGCACGCGGUGUCUAAAAAUGGCGAAGGUGUUUCGCGCGGUGACAGUAUCGACUUUGUCAAACAAUGGACAGUCAACAGCAAAAUUUAACAAGCCGGUCACGCUUAAUAUCAAUUAUGAUCCACAAGGUCUCAGUGUUGAAUUCCUUGCAGGAGAAUCAACUGGCAGAGAUAAAACAACACUAUUGGAAUUCCCAGUAACUCCUAGUACAGAGUGUUCUAGAGUUUCAUCUAGAAGCUAUGUAUUCACACUUGAUACCGAUAGCUUACUUAUAACAUUUGUCAGUGAAACCGAUUUUAGAAAUUUUCAUUCACAAAUAUUGAAAUUAAAGAACGGCAAAGGUGUUUCUGCAUUUAAUGAAAGGACUGAAGAGUCAUCAGCUAUGCAAUAUUUUCAAUUUUAUGGUUACCUAUCUCAGCAACAAAAUAUGAUGCAAGAUUACAUUAGGACUAGUACAUACCAGCGGGCAAUCUUGGGAAAUCUGUCUGAUUUUAAAGAUAAAGUUGUGUUAGAUGUAGGUGCAGGUUCUGGAAUAUUAUCAUUUUUUGCAGUCCAAGCUGGUGCAAAAAAAGUAUAUGCAGUAGAAGCAAGUAAUAUGGCAAAUCAUGCAGAACUGUUAGUUGCUGCUAAUAACUUGUCAGACAAGAUUAUUGUCAUUGCUGGUAAAAUAGAAGAAAUUGAUUUACCAGAAAGAGUAGACUGCAUAGUGAGUGAACCCAUGGGUUAUAUGUUAUACAAUGAAAGAAUGCUUGAAACGUAUCUUCAUGCAAAAAAGUGGUUAGUUCCAGGUGGGAGAAUGUUUCCCUCUCGAGGUGAUCUUCACAUUGCACCUUUUUCCGAUGAAAAUCUUUAUAUGGAGCAAUUUAAUAAAGCUAACUUUUGGUACCAAACAUGUUUUCAUGGUGUAGAUCUCUCAGCGAUGCGAAAUAAUGCGAUCAAAGAAUACUUUAGACAGCCAAUAGUUGAUACCUUUGAUAUAAGAAUUUGUAUGGCUAAAUCUAUCAGACAUAUUGUAGAUUUUCAAACUGCUAAUGAGACUGAUUUACAUAAAAUAGAAAUUGAUGUGGAUUUUCACAUAUUGGAAAGUGGCACUUGUCAUGGUCUUGCAUUUUGGUUUGAUGUUGCAUUUAUUGGAUCAACGCAACAGGUUUGGUUAAGCACAGCUCCCACAGAACCUCUUACUCAUUGGUAUCAAGUUCGUUGUCUUUUGGAAAAUCCUUUGUUUUGUAAAAGCGGUCAACUGUUGUCUGGAAAAGUCAUUCUUAUUGCGAAUAAAAGACAAUCGUACGACGUAACAAUAGAAUUGAAACUAGAAGGGACGAAUAUGGAAAGUAGUAGUAAUACUUUAGAUUUGAAAAAUCCGUACUUCAGAUAUACAGGAGCAGCUGCACAACCCCCACCUGGUUUAAAUAAUACGUCUCCUAGCGAGUCCUAUUGGACUACUCUAGAUGCACAAGGUGCCAGACAAGCGGUAAACAUGGUUAAUGGAAUGUCUGUGAACGGUUUAGGAGAGGUUUCUAUGGAUGCGACCGCAGCAGUAAAUCCCAGUAAUUUGCUUGCAAUAGGAGGCCAACCAAAUAUUCAUCCCGGUUCGAUUUCGAGUACAGGGCGGGGUCGAGUAGGGGGUACAGCGACGAGUACACAAGCAGCACAGUUAAUAGGUGGUGGAAUCACUCCAAAUAUGUUUACAUCUCCCGCUACGCUUGGUGUUACUUUCCAGCAAUCGCUGGUCCUUGGCAAUACUUCACAUUAUCCAGUGAAUCCCAGCUUGAUGAUUGGAGAUUACGUGACACCUGGUAAUGGCAUAUCAUCUCAAACGUAUCGACAAUGAUCAAUGGCUAAAUCAUUUUGCACCGAGUAUUCUCAUUCGGCAAAACAAUUAAAUGAUCGCCAUAGCUCUAGCAGUAGCGGAGAUAUCAGCAACAACAAUAAACAGAGCCGCAAGUUGGUGUUUAGUUCCCCAGCAAGCAAAUUACGACUCUCAUCUGCUGUUCGUAUCUUAAACGCGGUUAACUUGGCCAAUCUUAAUACGAACGUUGGUCACGUUAGUGGCAACAGCAGCAACAACUUCGCUUACUUUAAUAAAGUCAUCAUUGGUUCUGGUUUUGGAUUUGGAUGGAGCGUUAGAAGAAAUAAGUCACAAUGGGAAGCACGUUGGAGGAGAGUGCGAACCGUCCUCUCGUAGUUGUCAUUAAUUUCUAAUUAGCCUUUAUUUAAUUGAAAUCCCUUGAAGGUUUGAUCUUCCAGAUCGAGAAGUGCAUGCUUGCCAAAUGUACCCAAGAAAAUAAUAUUUUUUAACGACAAUACAGUUUACUAAAGCGUAAUGUUCCACGCGACAACUAUUUUACGGGAUCCUGAUACAACAUCGAUUGUACAUCAAAAUCAAAUUAACGAAAGCAACAGGAGUAAUCACAGUUGCAAUCUUUUUCCCCCUAUUUCCUUCGAUGUACACUGUUUCAAAAAGGUUUCAGUAUCGGAUUAACCGUGCAUCUAACGAUUAAAACUCUACUGUGUAUACAGGUUUGAUUGAGUUUCGAUCUUAAGCGAUUUUUACACAACGUUUAGGUAUAUAUAGCGUAAUAACGUUCCGAAUAUUUCGAAAAGUGCAAAAAGCAAUAAUUCGUUAGGGAUACGAUAUGGAGCACUCUGUGGCAUUGCCUGUUAUUUAUAUCGAUUUUAUUUUCCAAGUGAUUAUAUUCAAUGAAUCCUUCUUAUACUUUUCCUCUAUUGAAAACGAAAAAAAGGAAAAAAAUAAAUCGAAUAUGAAAAAUUCCGUAUGGUUACGUCCACCAUAGUUUCAUUUAAUUUCUGAACUGUUAUUUUUUAUUUUUUAGUACGUAAUACUUCCGUUAAUUAUUUAUAACUUAGAGAAGAACAAAGAAAUUGUAUAUAAUUAAUUACGUAAAUCGAUCGACCCGAUGAUAUAAUUUGCAUUAACAAUAAGAGAAAGAAGAACAUAUUCCAAUAAAACGAUGAUAAAUUAUGUUGCGAUUCGUAUGUAGCUGAUUUACUGUAUUGUAUUAUUGCAAUGUACAGAUACUAGAAUAGCAUGUAUAGGCACAAUUUCAAAUUUGUGACGUUUGUAUUACAUAUCGGCCUUCGGUCAAUAGGAUUAAUUCUAUACUUUUAGUGUACUUCUAUUAUAGUAGAAUUCUACAUAUAUCAUCCCCAUUUGUCUCAUAUUGAUUGCUCAUUUCAUUGAGUAACUAAAUUUUCAUUUGUUGUAAAUUGAAAGGAAGUGGAUUUUGUUGUUUUAGUAAAAUAUGACUUAUAAUAUUCUAAUAUUUAUAAAUUUAUGAAAUAAGAAUUACGUAAACAAUAUGUAACGAAACAAAAUCUUGUUUAUUUAAAUAGGUUUAUUUUUCUUUUACUUGUUUCUCAGUAUACAUAUUUUGUCUAUUUCUAUAAAAAGCAUACAUUAAACAAGAUCCAUUUGUUUCAUUCUCCAAUCUUAACAAAUUUUUUUACGCGGUAUAUAAUAAAAGUAGGAAAACAUUUUUUUUAUAGUCUCGAAAUAACGAACGACUUAUUUAAUUGAAUGGGUAAUGAUAUAUUUCUAAAUUAAAGAUUCAGGUAAUCUUCUGAUAAUAAGGUAUCUUUGUGAUAUUUGUAGAAAUGGAGUAAACACGUGUAGUGAUGUCAAUGCGAUUUUUACAUCUUUCUUUGCUACAGUUUAAAGAUACAGAGUUAUAAAAUCUUUCGCUUUAUUUUAUAGCAAAACCUGAAAAAUAUAUAAAAAGUAUUAUAUUUUUUUAGAUUCUUGUUUUUUUUUUUGCAUAUUUAUGUAUUCAUUGUCACGGUUUCAUUCUAUAUAUUUUGGUGAUCCUAAAUUUUAUUAUUCGAAGAUUAUCUAUUCAUAACAUAAUUGUACAUAUGAUACUCUUAAUUUUUACAAAUUGAUUAUAUUCAGAUCUCGGUAAUAACGUUUAAGUCUCAUUAGUUCCUAAGGAGUGCUCUUUAGUUGCUAUUUGCACAAACUUGCUUUUCAUUUUAAGAUACUUGUUUUUUCUUUUAAUAUAUCAGUCCUAUAUAUCUCGGAAAGUACUUUCAAACUUAAUGAACCAGUUAGGUAUACAUUGCUCUCACAAAGAAGGGAAUCGUUUGGUUUGAGACCAGCUUAUAGUCUUGCAGAUUAAAUUUGUCGGAUUUGAUGUGUAUGAUAUAAACCUUUAUUUUAACGUUUAUUUUAUUGAUUUAUUGUCAUUCUUACAAAGGGUUUCCUUUAUCGACGAUGUAAUGUUAGAUGUGUAAAUAAUUUGCUAGUAUUCUUUGAUGUUUGUUUAAGGAGUGGUUGUAGUUGUACGUAACGGAGCAUAUAAUUUUUUUAGUGUACGUAUUUAAUAUUUGAGAUCACAUUGACUGCAGGCAUUCCACAAGUGCUGAUAACAUUAUACAAUUCGUUACUCUAUAUAAAACAUGAACAUGCCUCUUCCAAUCUCGUUCUUUCUCUAUUUCUCUUUCACUCUUUCUCUUUCAGAGAAAAAAAAUUGGAAACAUUAAAAGCAAUAUUUAGAAUCGAACGCGUACAAAAGUAUUAGUUACCGUGUGUUUUAAGUUUCAAUAGGAGAGACAAAAGAUUGAGUAAAACUAAGCAUAUACCUUUUUUGAUAUUUUUCUAGAUAUUGCUUUCAGUGUUAGCGCGUGUACUUUCAAGCGUAUGUUCUUUCUUUUUUUCCUUUGCCGUUUUUAUUUCUCCUUUUUUAUUAUUCCAUUUUAGAAAAUUUUUAACGACUGAAAGAUACAAAAUAUCUCAGGUAGCCAAGUAAGUUUGAAGGAUACUGUUUUUAUACAUUUUCUGCCACUUUUCAAUUGUGCGCUCGGAUUUCGGAAAUUUAUGGUUACGUGUGGAAGAGAAAAAAAGAAUAAGUUCUUCCCGUUUACUCUUCAUAAUAUUGAGUUUAAUUAAUUCCUUUCAUCUAAAUACGAAAUAUUUGCAAGUAAAGAAAAUGUACACGUAUUAGUUUGGACAACAAAUAAUUGAUAAAAUGUUUGCGUACCACAAAAGAUUUAUUACACAAUAAUGUCAUUUCUGAUAUUGUUUCCUAGUUCUCUUGUAAUGUGUGAUAAAUGAAGAGUUAUUAGAUGGUGUAGAAAGUAUUAAGUAUUAAUCGAUUUGCAGCAGGAAGUAUAGUUUUAAAAUUUGAGAUAAAUCGUUUGUUUUAAUUAAUCAAUAAUUUAUAAAGCAUUAAAUUUUAUAGAGUGACAUUCAUUCCUAACAGCAAUUUCCUGUUGCUAAUGGAUUAAACAUUUUUCCAUUUUCUUUUGAGUGGCCAAACUGAAGAGUGAUUUAUUUAAUUAUAAACAUUUUGUAACUCGGUUUCGAUUCUUUUUUCUACAUUAAAAUUUUUUACAAUAAUCGAAACACCCUGAUUUCAAUAUUAUUGCGAAGUAUUUAUUUCAUAAUUAAUCGAAAUUUUUUAUCCAUUCCAGAUAUCAAAAUCUUAAAGUACAUGUAUCGAAAUUUUCAUUCUUGGACAUCAGAAAAAUUGUUUUUUAAAUUAUAUAAUUAUAGGCUUAAUUUAAAGACACGUAAAUUAUCAUUAUUCAUUUAGAAUUUAUUAUAAUUAGAUAAGAAUAAGUAAUUGUACAUAAGCUCAAAGGUGACAUAAAUUUUUGUUUCACAAGCGAUUGUUUUAACAUAUAACGUAUAAUCCACAUUAUGCUUUGUUUACCGUAAACUGAUUAAGGAAAUGAAAAGAGAAGUAAAAAGAGAUUGAUAAGUAUGCACACUUUUUACUUAAGAAAUUAGACCACACUAGAAUUCCAAUAAAAAGGAAAUGCUCAGCUUUGUACAGUGCAUACAUAUAAACAUAUAAAUUCGUGUAUGCAUACACACUCGUGAUAUAUACAGUUUGCCUAUGUCUUUUUUAUGUAUAAUGUCUAUAUAUGUAUAAAAGAAUCAUGUUUUACAUAUACGACAGUCGCAAGGAAAAAAUCUGCUUACACACACGUGCAUUGUACUUCAACAAAACUUCGAUUACUUUAUAUUUAGUGCAUUGACAAUUUAUCCUGUAAUUAUUCUCAGGUAAAAAAUGCCAUAAAGUUCGAUAUGUACGGUGUGAAUUGAUUUCCCUGAACGGCCAGGAAAUCAUCAAAUAGAAUAGAAACAAACUGAACGUUGAUAUAUGUUAUACUAAUACAUCAUCGCUUUUGUAAGCCCCAUCUAAUGAUACAUCAAGAAGAAAUUAUACACAAAACGAUCAUUCGAGAACUGACGAAGAAAUUCAACUUCAAUAACUGAACACGAUACAUAAUUCGACUUAAUCGAUUUGUAUUGAUACAUUUAAUAGAAGCAUUCAACGUCAGAGUGAAUUAUAUAUUCGCUUUUAAUUCUAUUUGAACAUUUCAUGAUUCUGAAAAUUCGUAAAAUUACUUGAAAUUUUGUCUGUAUUAUUAUAUACAUAUUAUUUUAAUUUAAAAAUUUAUUUAUUGCAUUGCAAAUAUUUGUAAGGAUUGGUGUGUUGAUAAGUUGAUUCUUAAUUCCUGUAUAACAUAUCUCUAAAGAAAAGUACAGUAAACGAGCGAACAUUAAACAUUUGUUCUCGACUAUAUAUAAUAUACUCAUCUUUUAACAUUUUUUUGAUUGAACAAGAUAGGAAGUAAGCACAAUAUCUAAGUAAGAAGCGUAACAUAUUAGAACAAAUUUGCCUAGUAUUUGCAAUCUACUUAUUUGUAAAAUAUUAAUAUUUGUAUUCUGCCAACGUUUCUACAGAUAAACGGAAAACGAGAUUGCUCAGAUUAUUUCACCUUAAAUCUGAGAUUAAGUUAAAAUAAACUUAUUUACUUCAA